AUGGCCGCUCAUCGUCAGCGUCCACCGACCCACAUUCCGCGGCUGGCUACGUUGUUUCAUGUAGCAGGGCUUGCGGUGUUGGUGAAUGCGUUUCGACUGACUUCCGAGCCAGACAGUUUCUUCAUGUUGAUGUUCACCAAGAUGGGCGGACGGACGCAUUUUCUUACGAUGUGGGGUCUUUUUUUCGCGACGGUUACCUUCGUGUUAAAUAUCAUGAUGGCCAUAUUUCGGAAGAAUUCACGUUUGCGGGAUUUGAGGAAGCUAACACUUGCGAUUGGCUUGCCACUGGAGUCGGUAAUCACGACGCUUUACUGGCCGAUAAUCAUCUUAAAUCCCAACAUGAUGAUGCUUUCCGAGCUUGAACUAGUGAUCCCUCUAAGUGUGGAUUUAGCGCUCCAUCUCUACCCAGCGGUGUUGCUAUGGAUCGAUUAUCUCGUCUUUUCGGAUCGCUUUGCGGACUCUUCGAGCCGCAAAAUCACGCUCACAAAGGACAUCCAUCUGAGCAUCUUGCAGCUGACGCUCUUGCUCACUCUGGCAUACGUCUCUCGGAUCGAGCUGCUUUGUUACUUCAACAGCGACAUUCCACUGCCCUAUCCUUUUUUGAACGACGUGGAUUUUCCGGUCCGAGUGGCCAUCUACUCCGCUGCAGCCGGACUUUGUUACAUGUACUCUUCCAUUGCCGAAAGCCUGCACGGUUUGCUCUUCAGAGCUUAG